AUGCCCUCGAUCUUUGUGCAAAAACUUUCCAAAACUACAGGUGAAAGCAUCGACAACAGGAAAAUCAGGUCGAAUAGCAAAGUUAGAGAAGAAGCAAUCAAAAUGAGUUACUUCUCGUCUCUGGUGCUAUUCUGCCUUUUGGCAAGUGCUCUCGGAAAUCCCUUACUGCGAGAAAAUGAAGGAUUUUUUCAAACACUCGCCUUAAAUAAUAAAAUAAGUGGACGCAUUAUCGGAGGCAGUGUAGCACCAGAAGACGCUUUUCCUUAUCAAGUCUCUCUUCAAAUGUACGGCAGUCAUUUUUGCGGUGGUUCAAUCAUAAAUUCUCAAUGGAUUUUGACUGCAGGACACUGUCUCAGUAGGGCCUAUCCUUUAGUAAUUACUGUUGUUGUUGGAACAAACAAUUUAAGUAAAGGAGGAUCUAAGUAUCGAGGUGAAAAGAUAAUUGUUCACCCCAAAUUUAGUAUGAACUAUCUGACUGGUGACAUAGCUCUGCUUAAAGUGAAAGGAGAAAUAACUUUCUCUUCCAAAGUCAGCCCAAUUGGUCUUCCAUCAGAGGAUGUAAGCAAAGCAGAUCUACCUGUUGUUGUUUCCGGAUGGGGAAAAGUAUCAAACAACGGUCAAGGUCUCCCGACUGAAUUACAGUAUCUAAAUAGCAAAAUCUACAACCAUGAUAGCUGUCUUAGCUUCAGUUCGCUGAUAUCAGAAAAAAAUAUUUGCACGUUCACAAAAUAUGGAGAGGGACUUUGUAAUGGUGAUUCUGGCAGUCCAGUUGUUCUUGGUGACAUUCAAGUCGGAAUCGUUUCAUGGGGAAAUCCAUGUGCAGUUGGAUCUCCAGAUAUUCACACAAAAGUUUUUAGUUACGUAAGCUGGAUCAAUGAAAACGCGAUAGUUGACGAAUGAUUAAAAAAAA